AUGUCUUCUGCGGGCAAUAUGGCGAAUCCGAUUUUCCAUUCGUAUUUUUUUCCAGAUGAUCUGUCAAGCCUUCAGCCUGUCUCAGGCAGUCUCACCCUAUUACAGAAGCCUUUCUGUUUUACAGGAUAUCUGAUGGUUGGGCAUCAACCAAUCCUCUAUGCGCUCUAUACAUGUCUCAUCAUGGGCCAGUGUUCAGCCAGCCGCCUUGAGGCUCUCAAGUCGCAUGUCAAUAUCAUAGCUUAUGUGUUGCCAAUUGAUCCUCACAGUUCCAUAUGGGAACCGGGCACAGAGGUACCCAUAUUCGCCAAGAAUAUCUAUGUGCCCGAUGCCCUGCCCGUGAACCUGGACUUGGAUGCCCUCUGGUCAAGGCCGAGCAACGAUGGUACCCUUCUACACGUGUAUGCAUGGCCUUUGCCGGGCAAUGGUCAUAACACCAUUAUCGUCCAAGCUCUAUUUCCGUUUGGACACCACCCUGAAGUUUAUCCCGAGUUUGACCACAAUACUCUCGCAAAAAUGUCAGAGCUGCUGGAUUCAUUUGACCAAGGUUCAGUCGUGCCAGACUCUUCUGUGGCCUCAGCAGAUUUUUCAAACUCUUCCGUGGCCUCAGCAGAUUUUCCAAACUCUUCCGUGGCCUCACCACUUGUGCCAGCCUCUUCCGUGGCCUCCUCAGUUGCGCCAUCUUACAGGCUCUCUGCCACACGUAGUCACGAUGGUGCCCGGAAAGAUGGCGUGAAUGCCCAGGUCGACUCAAACACUUUGCAUCAUAUCCAGCUCAGGUAUCCGCAAUGGCUAACUGUUUUGGUUCACAUGCGGGUUCUCAUGCGAGUCGCUGUUUGCUCCGGGGAGUACGGGAACCCAUUCUUACUCAGCCAAGCGGCCGAUCAUAAAGCUCGUUUUGUCGCUGACCUCUUCGAACGAAGCCUGGCCGAAGUCCAAUUAACUCGCGCAGACCUGUGCUGCGAUACUGAGUCUUUUCCAGUCAAGUCGAUUGAUAAUGACUCCGAAGUGACGGAAAGCGAAAUAUUGACGAUGGCUGGUAAAUGGUUGUCAUCAUUAUUUUCUGACACCAAAUGUUUGGCAAAAAUUGCAAUCUCAGAUCCUCGACCAGCCCUGGGCUUUGCCCUCGCAGAACUGUGCCCUCGGGUACUACUCAUUGAGAGAUGUAUGAGUCUGCUGCAACACUUCCUACUUCCAGAUUCAUGUCGUUUACCAUUUGCAGUCAAUGGCCUUAUAUGGUUUCUCACAAAGGAAAUUGCAAAAUCGCUCGUUUUUUAUGUUGUAUUCCGGCGCAGUGUAUCAGCCCAUGUCCCAAUAAUCAUGGCUGAUUUUGCACCUGGUAUCUUCAGGGAUGUCUCACACCCACCCGCAGAGAUGUUAGCGUAUGUGGGAGCCUCUUGUUAUAAUGCCAUCCUCCAAUGGUUGACGGACAUUUUGAAGGCGAUGUCAGAAAAGGGGGAAUCCUCAGCCAUCAACCUAUUGCUGUAUCCGCCGGUCAGCCAAAUCUAUGAUGAACUCCUCCAAGCAGUCUUUCUCCUAUUCACACAGAAAGACGACCCAGGAUACCCGGCAUUUGUGAACCGCAUGGCGGAGUUUUGUGACAUCAUUUUAAGAAACAAAUUCCUAGCACAGCACCUCACCCAUCUAAGUCAGAUUGAGAAACAUAACCGCUACCGCAUAGCCGCUGCCAAACCUUCUUUGUUUCCUCCCAACUCCAUCACUCCUCCGACAACUCACAUUCUUGAGGUCGAACACAUUGAGAAUACACUCAAGUCUUGGCUCCAGAAACGGGGACGUGAAAUUCUUUCAGACUCCCUCUUCGUCACAGUUUACGUGCUGUUUGCAUGGGUUGACCCCCUUGACCUCAUAGCUAUUCUACAAGUCAACCUCAGAGUGGUCGCAAUGGAAAGGCUUUUCCAGCAAGAAGAGCUCACUUGUGUUUCAUUCCUUCUGCGAGGAGGGCGGUGCUACAUGGAGGAAAGGAUGUAUCGCGCUCAGAUGGAAGUUACCUUAUUUAGUAAAGCUAUUGCGAACUUGUGUGAAGAGUUCAACACAAAAUGUCGCCCAACCCCAGCACCCCUGCCAAAAUACAUAGCUCUGCUCCAUAUCUUACGGCAAGCUCCCUAUUUCAAUAACACAAUUACUCUCCCUGUAUCUAAAAGAGCUCCUGCACAUCAUUUGUGCUUGCGCACAAUGAAAGAGGAAAUCAAGACAAAGUUGAAUGACUUGUUUACCGUUCAUGUACAUUAUGGACGGGACAAACUUUCCACCCUGAUGGACGUCAGAUCUAAAUAUGUCAUCAUCACUACAUAUCAAACUCUGAGCAUGGAGCUUACCAUUCUGAAACAUGUCGAAGAAGGCGAGGAUCUGGCGUAUCUCAAAGACCACGGACACCCAGAACAUAAGAAGCGCAGAUACAAGAUCUGCCUCAGCAGUAUGUUUAGUCAACGGGGACCCUUUGAUACCCAUGUCCGGCAACAAGAGAAGGGAGUUUGCACGAGCGGUCUGAGUCAUGGGUCGGCUUGGGUCAGCAAUAACAAGGAGAGAAAUAUCCUCACGACUUCUCACCGAAGUUCUCAAAAUGCUGUGUACCCUAUAACCCUCCGCACUCCUUAUUCUGCGAAGGCAGCACUAUUUCAGCAGCAACAGCAAGAAAAUACCAACUAUAACGUGUUACCUAGUAGCGGACAGCUUUCCUUCCUCACACAUGGGUACUCCACAGUGUCAUCCGUCUCAAUCAUUAUUUCCUCCGUCUCCUCGCUCAAAAAGUCUAUUCUAUCAGGCGCAAGGGAUCUCGAUGCGUCCCCGAAUCUAAGUGCAUCACAAAGAGCAAAGCAAACCACUUGGUGCUCACAUGUUGAGGUGAAUAAUGGGAACCUCGUGUAUGCGUAUUUUUGUCUCGAUGGCUUAUCGAAGCUGGAAGAUCGACGAGAUAUGGUGAUAGAUUGGCAGACAUGCUCGGACACCUUCACAUUUAUUUCAAUCAUGCACACGGACAGUCACAGAAUCAACCUGACCACAGCAGACAAUAUCUCUCAUCGUUUUGGUCAGACGCAUCACCAAGUGGCUGUCUAUCGCCUGGUCACGAAGGGCACUAUCGAUCCCAAGGAAAGAAGAGGAAAGCUGGUGCUGCAGCAUGUCCGCAAAAAAAUCACCGGAAAGGGGAGUAGAAACAAGGUUGCUGGCUAG